AGGACAAGCUCCAGCCCCAGGCUCGGAGGACUGCCUCCACCAAUGACAGAGCUCCCAGCGCAAAGCCUGUGGGUUAGGUUGUGAGGCUCCGGCGGGGCGGGGAGGAGCCGAGGGGGGUCAGAAAAAGCUCGGCCGCUGGGUGGGUCGGGGCGUUCGGCGCGCCCUUCUCUGAAGCGGCGGUGGCCGGGCUGGGCGCCGGGAGUGGGAAGCGACGGCGCGGCUGGAAAAUGCCAGUCCAUUCCCGAGGGGAUAAGAAGGAGACGAACCAUCACGAUGAGAUGGAGGUGGACUACGCCGAAAACGAGGGGAGCAGCUCCGAGGACGAGGACACCGAGAGCUCGUCGGUCUCCGAGGAUGGAGAUAGCUCAGAAAUGGAUGAUGAAGACUGUGAAAGAAGAAGAAUGGAAUGUUUAGAUGAAAUGUCCAAUCUUGAAAAACAGUUUACCGAUCUCAAGGAUCAACUUUAUAAAGAACGAUUAAGUCAGGUGGAUGCAAAACUACAAGAAGUCAUAGCUGGAAAAGCACCAGAAUAUUUGGAACCACUGGCAACUUUACAAGAAAAUAUGCAAAUUCGUACAAAGGUAGCAGGAAUCUAUAGAGAGCUCUGCUUAGAAUCUGUAAAGAACAAAUAUGAAUGUGAAAUUCAAGCUUCUCGCCAGCAUUGUGAGAGACUCCAGCAGAUUUAUGAAAACCCCCAAUGCCAUUUUCCAUGUGAUCAAAUGCAUCAGAGUGAAAAGCUUUUGUUAUAUGAUACAGUGCAGAGUGAACUAGAGGAGAAGAUAAGAAGGCUUGAAGAGGACAGGCAUAGCAUUGAUAUUACCUCAGAGCUGUGGAACGAUGAGCUUCAGUCAAGAAAAAAGAGGAAGGACCCUUUCAGUCCUGACAAAAAGAAGCCAGUUGUGGUUUCAGGUCCGUAUAUAGUUUAUAUGCUACAAGAUCUUGAUAUUCUUGAAGACUGGACAACAAUAAGGAAGGCAAUGGCUACACUGGGUCCACACAGAGUGAAAACAGAACUUUUUGAACUGAUCCCUUUAGCACCUGUGAAACUGGAAAAACACCUGCACAGUGCUAGAUCCGAAGAGGGAAGAUUGUAUUAUGAUGGUGAAUGGUAUAUACGUGGACAGACAAUAUGUAUUGACAAAAAAGAUGAAUGUCCUACAAGUGCUGUAAUUACAACAAUUAACCAUGAUGAAGUUUGGUUUAAGAGGCCUGAUGGAAGCAAAUCUAAGCUUUACAUUUCACAGCUACAGAAAGGAAAAUAUUCAAUUAAACAUUCGUAAUCAUGAUUUAAGUGUUAUCUAAAUCUACCUUAUUAGCGUUACCAAGUAUGAUGUGCCAUGGGAAUAAAAAAAUAUAUUCAGUAACUUAAUAUUCUCAUCGAAUCAUGAGAGACUGUGUAUUUGUAGGUAGUACUCUAAAUAGACCUCAUGUUGAUAUGUUAUUGAAAGAGACAGUGAUAAAAGUUUAAUCAUGAUCAUUACAUUUAUUUGCCUUUUUGGCCCAGUGACCAAUAGGUAUAUAUGGUAGGGGUUUCUUACUAAACUUUUUUCUUUGGUUUUUAUGUAAAUCUGUCUUACCGUUAGUGAACUAUGUUAGCAAUGGCUACAUUUAUCUGCAGUUUUCUUGAUUUUCAGUGUCUUUGUCACUGAUCAUAUAUUUGUAAAUAAGCCCUAUAAAAUAUUUCCUAUAAAUGGUUUGUAAUAGUACAUUUGUGUCAAAUCAGAAUUGAAAUUUAAACAUAUAUACGUGAGUAUGUAUAGAGGGCAUCAUCAGCUUAUUUAGAACUGAUGGCCUUACUUUGCAAUCUUGUUUUACCCGAAAUUAAGCUAUUGGGUUUGAAAGCUAAAAGGAGCACUUUUGUAGACUAGCAGCUUUCCUUCUCCUUUUCCUUGAUUGUAUGGAGGUGACCUAUUUUUACAAAUUAUACUUCAUGUUGAUUAGAAAUAUUAGUGUCAAGUAAUAACAUGCUUCUACCUUUAUUUCUUGUGAACCUUUCGAGGGCAGGUAUAUAUGCCUGGUAUUUAUGAUGCAGUAUGUAAGUGGUGGACAGUAACUGACAGUAUUGUGGUGCUUGCUGUACAUGUCUGAUCUUUUGAAACAGAUUUUUAGUAAGCAUUCUCCAGAGGUAAAACUAGGUUCGUAUCCUAAUUUUAUUCCUAGGGCAAAAUAGACAGGGAUGAUCUCCUUGAAUCUAUUCCCAAAUUAAUAUUUUUAUCUUUGGUGUUUCUACACUUUAAGGCCACUUGGUGCAAUUUAGAAAGUAUUGGCCUCUCUUCCCCUAGUCACAUUCAAAAUUAACUUCUAAAACCUCAGGAACAGUACAGGGAAUUGAAACCCUCAAUAUGGCAGCACAAUUGGCUGUAGUAUAUAUUAGGGUACAACCAAAUCAGGUAUUCCUGGUGGUCUUGUGCACUUUAAUUUCUGUUAUAUUGAGACUUAAGAGGAUGAGGUAGAGAUCUACUUAUUAACACUUAGGGCAGGAAUAUCUGCGUUUUUCCAUUUGUUUUCUUGCUAUUUUACCUCUGCAAACAUCUUCCUGUGCAGAUCACUACUUCACAGUUGCCAAAUGUUAAAAUAUUUGACUUCUGAAAUUAAUUAUCAGCAGUUAUGUACGUUGUUCUGUUUCUAAUUAACCUUAGCAAAUGUACAUAAUGUCAUAAUCUGAUAGUAUUUGACAGUACUUAUGUAUACAAUGUUUCAUAAGCAUUUUUAAUAAUAUUUGGAUUUUUAAAUUUAGUAUAUAAUAAAAAGAUGUGUUUGCGUGUCAUUCGUAGUGUCUUGAAUGACUUGUGCACUUUUAUUAUUUAUAACCUGUCUACUUCUAAGAAGGAUUUAAGGCAAUUUACAUGAAUAGAUAUGGAGUGUUGGAGUGUUGAACAAAUGUUUCUGCAUCCCUAAACCACAAUUCAACCUCUAUUGGCGUAUAUUUAGAUAUUUAAGGCAGCUAAGUUAUAUUUAAUUUAAAUAUAUGCAUAUGUGUUCUACUUUAAUAAAACUGUACCGUGUAAGUUCUGAAAUUUUAAGUAGAAAGUCUUUAUUUUAAAAACUGACUAUGAUUUAGUACAUUUACUUUCAGAACUUCAAUGUUUAUAUCAUAUGUAACUUUUCCAUAAUAUUGAUACUGAUUCAGGUAAGUGUAUGCUUGUCUAUGAUUGAAAUACUAUAAAAUAUAUUUCGUUGUUGGCAGUUUGCCAUUUGACUUCUGGUCAAAAACGGUCUAGUUUAGGGGAACUGUUAGAAUCUGCAAAAUGUGAUCUAGCAGCUGCUGGUACUUUGUUUACGAUCAGACUCUGUCUUAGUAUCAAUAUAUGGACCUUAACUGUCACAGCUUCCAGGAUUUCAUGUUUGGUCUAUCCCUUCUCGACAUUUCCCAUUAAAAGAAUCUAAUCAUCAGUAAUCCAAUUCAUCACUAAUAAUUAUUAGCAAACACUAAUGUACAUUCCUCAUUCUGUCCCUUCUCACUGGACACUGAGUACUUUUCAUUGCAAACUUCUUCACGUAAAAGUUGUUUUGAUAUGUGUGUUGUCACUCAGAACUCAAACACCACUGACAGAACCAUGUACAAUCUUAAAUACUUGAUAAUUAUUUAAAAAGAACAGGGACGUUGGUUAUUUCUGAUUUUGUUUUUGGAUCCAGUAAGUCCAGUACACUAAAACUGAACUAAAAUGAAUUGAUAAGGAAAAUGGUUGUAGGAUGAAUGAAUACACUAGUUAGGAUUUAUGUAGUCUCUUGCCAAGUUGGAAUAUAAAUGAUUUUAAUUGCUAAAUGUAAGGAAAUGUAAAAUAUUUUUCAAAGAACACAAAAGCUCGGAAUGAGGUUAGGGAAAAUGUAUGUUCCUUAUAUUGUCUUCAUAGAUGAACUACUGGAAGUGUGCCUGAUAUGUCAGGUGGGAUUAAUUGAGGCGGUUUCCCUCAUUGGUCACUGUGGCUCAGAGUCUUGCCCCUUACUUCAUAGGCCCAGAAACUUAAACUUUAUUCAUAUGCCCUGUUGUGGGCUGAAUUGUAUCUCCCCCCGCCCCUCCAAUGCAUAUUUUGAAGCCAUCACACCCGUUACCUCAGAAUGUGACUGUAUUUGGAGAUGGGGCAUUUAAAGAGGUGAUUAAGUUAAAAUGGGUGUUAGGUUGGGCCCUCGUCCAGUCUGACUGAUGUCCUUAUAAAAGGAAAUUUGGACACAGAGAAAUUUGGACAGCAGACACGUGAACACAGAGGAAGGACCAUGUGAAGACAGUGAGAAGUCCACCACCUGCAAGCCAAGGAGAGAGGCUUCAGGAGAAACCGAACCUGCCAACACCUCAAUCUUGGACUUUUAACCUCCAGAACUGUGAGAAAAUACAUUUCUGUUGUUUAAGCCACGCAGUCUGUGGUAUUUUGUUAUGGCAGCUCUAUCAAACUAAUAACAUGCCUGAGUUGACAGCUCUGGGGGAGUUAGACCAACCCAUUCACAGUGGAUUGAAGUGACAGCCGAGUGUCAGUUUAAUAAUUUUCACUGAGAAGGAGACCAGACUCCUCAAGUCAACUACCUGGCAUAUUUUUUCCUUCUAGGAAAAUCUGUGUGAAAGCAAACUUGGAAUCAAAAGAUGGUUUUGUCGAAACUUGAAGGGGUCACCUGUCCUCUUGUGAGAUAGCCCCUUCCUGGUAUUGUGCCGGACACAUUGUUAUAAUCUUAUUUUAAAAAAAAUUUUAUUGAAGUAUAGUUGAUUUACAGUGUCAUGUUAAUUUCUGAUGUACAGCAAAAUGAUUGUUAUACAUAUAUAUAUUCUUAUUCUUUUCCAUUAUGGGUUAUCACAGGAUAUUGUAUAUAGUUCCCUGUACUAUACAGUAGGACCUUGUUGUUUAUCCAUUCUAUAUAUAAUAGUUUGCAUCUGCUAGUCCCAAACUUUGAACGCAUGCUUCCCCAGCCCCACUUCCCCCUUGGCAACCCCAAGUCUGUUUUCUGUGUCUGUGAGUCUGUUUCUGGUUUGUAGAUAUGUUCAUUUGUGUCAUAUUUUAGAUUUCACGUAUAAGUGAUAUCAUAUGGUAUCUGUAUUUCUCUCUCUGACUUACUUCGCUUAGUAUGUUAAUCUCUAGGUCCAUCCACGUUGCUGCAAGUGGCAUUAUUUCAUUCUUUUUUAUGGUUAAUAUUCCAUUGUAUACGUAUGCCAUAUCUUCUUUAUCCAUUCAUCUGUUGAUGUACAUUUAGGUUGUUUCCAUGCCUUGGCUAUUGUGAAUAGUGCUGCUAUGAACAUAGGGGUGCAUGUAUCUUUUUGAAUUAUAGUUUUAUCUGGAUAUAUGCCCAGGAGUGGGAUUGCUGGAUCAUGGCAACUCUAUUUUUAGUAUCUUAUUUUUGAUUUUAUUUUUUCCUGGUGCUCUGCUGACGAGGAUCUCGCUGUGCAGGCCUGGUCCACAGCCCCCCUCUAAGUUCUUUCUAUAUUAUGUACUUUGCUACUCUGCCCAGUUUAUUGGACCAGUGUGGCCCCUGGCUCAUGGGCAGCCAGUGAUAAUAAUACUGGUAAUUCGAAUGCCUGCCAUGUGCCAGGAACUAUGUUUAGUAUAUAAACAGAAAGUCAUUAUUUAAUAUUUUUCAUGUUUGAAACAAAAUGAACAUAAAUGUCAGAAUUCUGAUAUGCUUACUUUAUAAAUUUACCAUAUAUUAGGAAUUUCUGGGUUUUUUUUCCUCAAGGUAUGCAAGGCAAAAGAUUGUGGCAGAACUUAUAUUUUGAAUGGUCUUAAACUUAGUUGAUUAUCUCAAGUUGCUAAUCUUCCUGAAAAAUGUAUAUAUGUUAUAUACGUUAUCUAUCAUCUAUCUUCUUUCUAUCUAUCUAUCAUCUAUCUAUAACUAGAAAGCAACUAUAAGUCUAAAAUUUCUUUGUUCCUAAACUUGAAGUUAAUAUAUUCUCUUUCAAAGACACA